GUUUGGCUCAAAACGGGCUGUCUGGGUUGGAUGGUGCCGUGGAGCCUCCGAGCAGCAGCAGCAGCAGCAGCGCCACGGUGGCUGAGAGUGAAAGACGUUGCUUUCUGGGAAGAACUUCAUUAAGUUGUCAACAAACAGUGAAGUUGCUGUUAUUCUGGAGAACCCAGAGGAGGAACAUCACCAGCUUUAUCUGCAGAAUAAGAGAGAAGAAUCCAAACAUUCAGCGACCUUCAGAGAUCAUGGGUGUUAGCAGGAUGAAAGACUUGGUUAAAGAGUCAAAGGCUUUGGAACGUUUUGUGUUCAGGAACAGCUGGGUCAUCAUCGAUGGUCCGAACCUCUACUAUUCUCUGUAUUUUAACUCUGACCCAAAGCUGGACCAGCAACAUGGAGGAGAUUACUCUGCGUUCAGAGAGUUGGUCUUGAGCUUCUUCAACAACCUGAAGAAGUGUAAGAUCACACCGCUGGUGGUUCUGGAUGGAGGCUCAGAACCUGGGAAGGAAGACACCAUCAAAAAUCGAAUGCAAGAUAAAAUUCAAAAAGCAAAAAGAAUUUCUGAGACCAAGGCCCAAAGAUGGGAGAACAUCUUACCUCCUCUGGUCAAAGACAUCUUCAUCCAGAUCCUUCAGGAGGAGAAGAUAGAGAUGGAGCAGUGCCUCGGAGAGGCAGACCAGACAGUUGUUCGCUACGCCAAUGAGAAGAAAUGUCCGGUUCUGUCCAAUGACUCUGAUUUCUACAUCUUUGAUUUGCCAGAAGGCUUCCUUUUAAUUGAUGAAUUUCAGUGGAACAAAGUUGAGAAAGGAGGCAUUCCUGCCCAACGCUACAAGAUCUCAGCCUUCUGUGAGCAUUUCAAUGUUGACCGUAACCACAUGGCUCUCUUUGCUGCAAUAUCAGGAAAUGAUUACUCACGAUUAGAGGACAGGGGAGAGUUUAUUAAACGAUAUCCUGAACCCCAGCAGCCUGAAACCCAGCAGCCUGUAGUUCAUCAGCCAGCCAUCCUCCAUUUUCUAGCAGGUCUCAGGGGGAAGACAAAUGAGGAGGCUGUGAGAGCAGCUCUACAGCUGGUUGGUAAAACCAGUGAGGAGGACAUCAGACCUUUCCUGGAGUCAACUCUAAAAUACAACGUGGACCAGGAGCCACCUCGUCCCGAUCUGCCAGCAUGGGUCAUCACUGCAGUUCAAGCAGGAAGUCUGACCUCCUUCGUCACAUCCGUGGUGACCUACAGGUCGAUGACGUUGACUCCACUGGUGGAGGACUUUUCUAAGCCCAGCAGCUAUGCAGCUUCUCUCCGUCUCCGAGAGUUCUUCUACGGACUGUUGAUAGGAAAGCAGCCAUGCAGGGAAUAUGACAGGAACGGGACCCAGAUAAUUGAUCAAGUAGUCACUCCUGAGUUACCAGCUGGGACAGCCGAGGACCUGCAGAAGCUGGAGCUGGCACAUCUGAACGAGGCUCCUGAGGAUCUGCGUCAACGCGUCUUGUAUGAAGCUCUGAGAUGUUCCACCUCAGACACUGAAAACGUUCCAGACCGCCUGAAACUGCCGCUCUGUGUGACCCGGUUCUGGUUUCAGUACCGCCAACAGAACCACCCAGACGCGUUAAACGAGUCCUGUCUCCAGGCGCUGCUCCUGGGGUUUGUGUAUGGAGAAGAUGGUGCAGACCUGAGCUUCAAGGUCAGGAUUGAUGGUCUGCUGCCUGGAAACCAGCCUGUAAGCUGCCUGAAGCUCGGUGUUGCUCAUGCAUUCAGCCAGUGGCAGAACUGCAUGAGGCAGAGCCUCCACCUGAACCAGCUGCUGAGGUUCCCUCUGCCAGAACCUCUGUGUUACCGGCUCUACUGUGGACCUCUGCUCCACCAGCUGCAGAAGGUUCUGGAGGGAAACACCAACAUGUUCUCAGAGCUGAGGAACCUGCUGGAUGAGGAACACAGCGCUCUCCUGGAGACCUCACUGAGGAUUACGGGUUCUCAGUUAGCUGGAGCCGAAGAAUGGCAAACACAGAAGAGGAAGAAAAAGAAGCAAAAAGCCCCUGAAAGCAGCGACAAGAAACAACGGUGA